AUGGCACAAAGAAUACUCGUGAGGCCAAUUGGCCUUGGAUUGAGCUCAGCUCGUACACAGCAGUUUGUUCGUCCUUUCAGUACCGUCCUGGACACCCCAAUUGACUCCGAGACCCAACAAGUUACCCCGCCAACACGGAAAUCGUCGGUAUUCGAAGAUGCCGUCAGAGCAGCUGGACCCAGGACCAACUGGACAAGAGAAGAAAUUGCGGAGGUUUACAAUACUCCACUGAUCAAGCUGACAUAUGCGGCGGCUUCAGUACACCAGCGCUUCCAUGAUCCAGCUGCUAUCCAAAUGUGUACUCUGAUGAACAUCAAGACUGGUGGCUGUAGUGAGGAUUGUUCAUACUGCGCGCAAUCCAGCAGAUACGACACUGGUCUGAAGGCUACCAAGCUUUCCUCUGUGGAGUCUGUACUGGAGGCGGCACGUGUCGCCAAAGAAAACGGCAGCUCGCGGUUCUGUAUGGGUGCCGCAUGGCGUGACAUGAGGGGUCGCAAGACCAACCUGAAAAACAUCAAGGCCAUGAUCACGGGUGUAAGAGAGAUGGGCAUGGAGGCGUGUGUUACGCUUGGCAUGGUCGAUGCUGAACAAGCCAAAGAGCUGAAGCAGGCUGGCCUGACAGCGUACAACCAUAACGUAGACACCAGCCGCGAGCACUACCCCAGUGUCAUCACAACUCGAACAUACGACGAGCGCCUUAAGACCAUCCAAAACGUUCAAGAAGCCGGUAUCCAUGUCUGCACCGGAGGUAUCCUCGGACUUGGCGAGAAAGCCAAGGACCACGUCGGUCUUGUCCACACUGUUGCCACGCUUCCAGCACACCCCGAGUCCUUCCCUGUCAACGCACUUGUACCCAUCAAGGGCACGCCACUUGGCGAAACCCAAUCAGUCUCCUUCGACGCUAUUCUGCGUACCAUUGCGACUGCACGACUGGUCAUGCCAAAGACAAUCAUCCGCCUAGCAGCCGGUCGUCACACUAUGCGUGAGGAGAAGCAAAUCAUGUGUUUCCAAGCUGGCGCCAACGCUAUCUUCACCGGUGAGAAGAUGCUUACCACUGCUUGCAACGGUUGGGAGGAGGACAAGGCUAUGUUUGAACGAUGGGGUCUGAGGCCGAUGGCCAUGGAGGAGACAAUUGGAGAGGUUCGCAAGAACGAAAACAUUGGCAUUGAGGCAGUCAAAGAAGCGGAGCAGGCUCCUGCAGCUGUAUAG